AUGGAAACCGGAAAUCAUUCUGUAGCAGUUGUGUUUGUCUUGGUGGGGUUAACACAGCAGCCUGAGCUCCUGUUGCCCCUCUUUAUUCUGUUCCUGGGCAUCUAUGUGCUGACAGCAGUGGGGAACCUGGGCCUGAUCCUGCUCAUCACAGUCAGCCCACUGCUGCACACUCCCAUGUACUAUUUCCUCAGCAGCUUGUCAUUUGUUGAUCUCUGCUAUUCCACUGUCAUUACACCCAAAAUGCUGGUGAACUUUCUUGGGAAGAAAAAUUUCAUUACCUAUUCAGAGUGCAUGUCUCAGUUCUUUUUCUUUGCAAUCUUUGUGGUCACUGAGGGGUACCUCCUGACUGUUAUGGCAUAUGAUCGCUAUGUGGCCAUCUGCAGACCAUUGCUGUAUAAUUUGAUGAUGUCCUCUAGACUCUGCUCACUGUUAGUGCUGGUUGCCUUUACCCUAGGCCUUUUUUCUGCUGUGGUACAUACAAGUGCUAUGAUGAGUCUGAACUUCUGUAAAACCUACAUCAUAAGCCAUUACUUCUGUGAUGCUCUCCCCCUCCUCAAACUUUCCUGCUCUAACACACAUCUCAAUGAGCUUCUCAUAUUUAUUAUUGGAGGGAUCAACACCUUAGUGCCCACUCUAGCUGUUGUCAUCUCCUAUGUUUUCAUUUUCUCUAGCAUCCUUCACAUCAAGUCAUCAACGGGAAGAUCCAAAGCCUUUGGAACCUGCAGCUCUCAUCUCAUGGCUGUAGGGAUCUUCUUUGGGUCUAUAACCUUCAUGUAUUUGAAGCCUUCUUCUAGUAAUUCUCUGGAGCAAGAGAAGGUGUCUUCUGUGUUCUAUACCACAGUGAUCCCCAUGCUGAACCCAUUAAUAUAUAGUUUGAGGAACAAAGAUGUGAAGAAAGCCUUAAGCAGAUUUUCAAUAGGGAGAUAA